AUGUAUGAUGCCAAUUUUUUGCUCACUGGACUGCCAGUACAUUCUACAGACCAAGAUUUAUCAAUGUGUGAACCUUACCUUGAUGAUUUUACAACUGCAAAUGGUAUGAGCAAUAACGGCACUUCCGUCGGUCAAUUACCGUCAACUACCUUGUACGAGUUUGAGCAAUUUGCUACUCAAUUUCAAGCAACUAUGGCGGCCAGUAACCAUAUGGCUGCUGCUAAUUCAUUCGAUAAUUUCCCGUACUCAUUUCCUUCCUCAAGAAAUGGCAUAUUCACUUCUCCGGAUAUUUUAGCUUCACUGACUUCUCCAGAACCUUUUUUUAACACACCAAAUUCUUAUCCAAUUCUUAAAGAUAAUUGUUCUAUAACAGCUCCUUCACCUCAAAAUUUCCCUUCCAUACAAAGUUUUAAUACUUCGUCAACUGGAAUUACAUUGACCGAUUUAAAUACGUGUUCUUCUAUGGAAGAACAAUUUGAUCAAUUAUCAACUAAAGCUGAUCCUUUAAUGACUCAAACUGAGAAUAUGAAUAAGCGUGUUUCGGUGGAACAUGAGUCUACUUUACCAGAUAGAUCCUUAAAAAAGAAACGAAAAAGCACAGGUGGGAUUACUAAGACCGUAACGAAACAAUUAGACGGUCUUAAAUCAUCAGCAAAUAGAUCUUAUGUCAAGAAUGAACCAAAUCCUCAAAACCACGCCUCACAUAAUGAAGCAACUACGUGUAUUGAUGAACUAAGUGUAGUCAAUGUUUAUUUGUCUGAUUUAGAUACACCCCAAUUUCCUAAUAUUCCGAUACUUCCAUCAUCGCGCGAUGCUGUGAAUUCUACUGCGAAGGUCGCUAUAACGCGACUCAAACCUUCAACUGUUACUCCACUGCCUCAGUCCCAGAUACAGUCCAACAAACAACAAAAGAAAGUUGCACAUAACGCAAUAGAACGUCGAUAUAGAAAUAACAUAAAUGAUCGUAUAAAUGAACUCAAAAAUGUUGUCCCCGCUCUUUGUAAUUUAAAAAAUAAAGAAGACAAAGAUGAUGAUAACGAUGUGGAUGGUAUCCCAGCUGCCACAAAAUUGAAUAAAGCUACUAUUUUGAGAAAAUCAACAGAAUAUAUCACAUAUUUGAAAAAUAAUAACAAAAAAAUCAAAAGUGAAAAUGAGGUAUUAAGAAAGAUGAUUGAAGCUCUUCCAGGCGGCAUUGAGUUAUACAACGCUUAUCAUAUCAAAAAAAUGGCAGUUGAAGGUGUUGGGACUCCGUCUGAUACAUCUGAGGAUACUGACUCGGAUCCCUCUAGUGUCUCUAAUCAUGAUGAAUUUGAUUAUCUUCCACCGACUCCACCAUCUGCAAACACUGGUUCAAGAGCAAUGAUGGCUUUAUUUAUGUGUAUGACAUUUUUUACAUCAUCAAGCUACGAUCAGUAUACAUCCUAUCAUCAUAGUGAAGGUCGUGUUAUGAGUAGCAAUGGGUCGCCAAUCAAUAAUAAAUCAGAAAUUCCAAAAGGAACUUACAAUUCCAGCGACGUUAUCAUCUCUGUUUUAACUGCCAAAACUAAAGAUGCGACGGCACUCUAUUCAUCUCUUUCGCGCCUUUCACAUCGAUCACCGAUGAAUACAUUUGAGCUUUUAAUUGGUUUAUUCACUGAAUCCUUAAGAUUUUUCUCAAGACGACUUUUAGGGUGUGAAAUCCCUGGCAGCUUUACUAAUAUAGACAUGGAUGAAAGGUUGUGGGAAGUUGGAUUAUGGGUUGUUUCUUCUUUCUGGAAAUUGGCUGUUAAGGAGAAAGGACGCGUUGGACCUGAAGAUAAAUGGUUUGAAAUUGCUCUUAUCAGCGACUCAAAUAGUGAUAUGUGGAAAGUUGUAGCCAACAGAAUCAGUGAUUAUGUUCUUCAUUCGUCGAAAAACGAUGAAACUAUUUCACCCAUGAGAAAUACUACUAUACCGCUUAUUCAUAUUUCAGACAUGCAAGGUUUUAUUCAUCUUAAAGAAACAUUUUCUAACUUUGUUUCUAUGCGAUAUGGCAAUAAAAAGAAUGCAAAGAAAAGUAAAUUUACUUUUGGAGAACUGCUUAGCGUCACCACGCCAGCGUCAUUGACGCAUUGGUACGCUUUGGUCGGGUGUGCUGUGCAGGCUUUUUCAGAAGGGAAACAUGCACCUGGUGAAAAGUUCGUAAAUAAGCUAAAGGAGGAAUUUCAAAAAACAGACAAAAGCCUAAACAAGCAGGUUAUUGCUAUGGGCUUGCUUUCUCAUAUUCUUUUAGUAUAUGGUAAAGUUGAGGCGUCUGUGCGCUGUGCUGAUAAAGCUAGUACUUCUGUAUCUUUGCGGAAGAAAGAAAAAAUAGGUGCUGAAGAUGAUCCACUAGAUAAAAAUUCAGAGAUUCGAAAAAUAGAGUAUGAUGUUCACACUCUUGCUGAAUUUUGCGUUGGUUGGAUCGUUUUAGAAGCAAGAAUUUUCGGAUGGAAAAAAAUUGAGGGACUUUCAUUGGAAAACAAAGAUGAAGUGUUACCUGGUAUUCUUAAUGUUGAGGCUCGUCUUAUACCUUCUAUCGAUAGUUGGAUACGUUAUUUGCGUCGGUUAUCAAAAGCUGAUGUGUUCAACAAGAUUCCAAAAGCUCGAGAAGAGUUUAUCAAGAAUCUUGAGAUUCUUGGAAGAAUUGUGGGUGGAUUAGAUGAAAGUGUUGGUUCUAUAUGUUGUUAUAAUGAUAAUACUAAUAAUGAGAGAAAUUUUGUUGAUCAAAGUGAAGAUAAUAGAGCAGUAAGGGCUUGGAAUGCCCUAAAGGAAAUGUAA